AUGUGGCGUGCGCCAGUGGGCCAGGAGCUGGUGGAGCGGGUGCCGGUGCUGCGCGACGCCGGGGCCUUUCGGGAGGCCCGGCGCAUCUUCCGGGAGGAGUACGGGGGCCUCAAGGCGCUGAAGGCGGAGCUGGCCUUCGCCGGCUUCGUGGACUCGGAGCGCCUCACCACCACCACGAAGCCCUUCAACCUCUUCGCGCGCAUCGCAGCGGGCGAGAUGCAGCAGCCAGGCAUGGAGCAGGAGCAGGCCGCCCUCAAAGACUUCGGGGCGGCCUUCUGCGUGUGCAAGAACAAGCCGGAGAAUGACGCCCAGUGGGACUCGGAGGACCCGGAGUGGGUUGGCAAGGCCUCCAUGUCGGCGCGGCAUCGGUUUUUGACCACGCGAGACCUGCGCUGGACCUUCUUCAACGCCCUGACGCUGGGCAUGACCGAGGAGGAGGGGGAGGAGGUGCCCAGCCUGGCGGAGGCCAUCCAGCUGCUGGAGGAUCUCAAGGCAGCGGCCCUCACCUACGUGGCCAACGUGAGGGGCUGGUCGCCGAAGUUGGGGCUCUACUUCCACGUCUUCGGGCACAACUCGGUGAACUCGCUGCAUCUCCACGUGGUGGACAUGGCGCAGUGUGGGCCCACCUUCCAGAAGCUCAAGUACAAGAACUGCUCCCUGAAUGCCGUGCUAAAGGUGCUCCAAGAGGAGCUGGCGCUGGCGAGCGAGCCACGGAAGUCUCCCAUGCUGCCGGCGGUGGCGUCGCGGGCGCAGACGGAGGCGGAGCGCUUUGGCCGGGUGCCGGAGGCUGUGGAGCUGAACGUGGGCGGCGAGCUGCUUACAGUGAGCUGGGCGCUGCUGCUGCACUUGCCCGUCACCAGCGCGCUGCGCCAGGCCGCGGAGGGGAAGCCGCGCGAGGGAGAGGCGCUGGCGCCUGCCCAGGACCGCCAGGGCCGGGUCUUCCUGGACCUCCCGGGCCACUUGGCCCGGGCAGUGCUGGACCUCUGGCGUCUGCGCUGCCUGCGCGGGGGAUCGGAGCCGCGGAUCCCGUGCGCCAACGAGGACCAGCGGCUGAUUGCAGAGGUGCUGGGAGUGCCGGUGGAGCCGCCCGCCAGAGUCCUGGGUCCAGGCGGAGUCGCGCUGCUCGCCGCCGGAGUUGGCGCCGCCUGCGCUGUGGUUCUGCGCCGGGGGGUUUGA